CUAUUUGUACAAGAAUGAAAUCCAAUCAAUUGACAGACAAGCAUUUAAGGGGCUUGUCUCUCUUGAGCAACUGUACCUGCACUUCAACAACAUUGGGUCUCUGGAACCAGAAUCAUUCACCCACCUACCAAAGCUGGAGCGACUGUUUUUGCACAACAACAGAAUUACCCAACUUGUCCCAGGAACCUUUUCUCAUCUUCAAGCCAUGAAGCGACUGCGGCUGGAUUCCAAUUUAUUAAACUGUGACUGUGACCUGCUGUGGCUGGCUGACCUGCUGAAGCAGUAUGCUGAAUCAGGCAAUGCCCAGGCUGCUGCCACCUGUGAAUACCCCAGCCGCCUGCAGGGCAGAUCGGUGGCAACACUCACCUCUGAGGAGCUCAACUGUGAGGUACCCAGGUUCACCUCGGAACCCCAGGAUGUUGAUGUUACAUCAGGGAACACUGUCUACUUCACCUGCAGAGCCGAAGGCAAUCCUAAACCGCAGAUCAUCUGGCUCAGGAACAACAAUGCUCUGAACAUGCAUGAUGACAGUCGUCUCAACCUGCUGGAGGAUGGGACUUUAAUGAUCCAGGACACCAGAGAGACAGACCAGGGAGUCUACCAAUGCAUGGCAAAAAACGUGGCUGGGGAGGUCAAGACGUCACAGGUCACACUGCGGUAUUUUGGAGCCCCCGCACGACCAAGUUUUGUGAUCCAGCCCCAGAACACUGAGGUGCUGGUGGGGGAGAGUGUGACCCUGGAGUGCAGUGCCACAGGCCAGCCACAACCUCGAAUCUCCUGGACAAAGGGCGACAGGACGCCCCUGCCCAAUGACGCUCGCAUUAACAUCACCCCCUCUGGAGGGCUUUAUAUCCAGAACGUGGUCCAGGCUGAUGGGGGACAAUAUACCUGUUUUGCCUCCAACAACAUUGACACUAUACAUGCUACAGCUUAUAUCAUUGUACAAGCGAUCCCCCAGUUCACAGUCACGCCACAGGAUCAGUCAGUCCUUGAGGGUCAGACAGUGGAUUUUGCCUGCGAGGCCAGUGGUUACCCACAGCCAGUGAUUGCUUGGACACGGGGGGGCAGUCCUUUACCCCUGGACCGCCGCCACGUGGUCCUGUCUUCAGGUGUUCUCCACAUCACUCGGGUGGCAGCCCAUGACGAGGGCCAGUACGAGUGCCAGGCGGUCAACCCUCUGGGGUCUGUGCGCACUGCGGUGCAGCUCAGCAUCCAGCAGAGAGUAACGCCUGUUUUCAUAAAUACUCCAAGGGACCAGACGGUGGAGUCUGGCCAGGAUGUCCAGAUUCCCUGCAGUGCUCAGGGCCAGCCACACCCUGUCCUCACCUGGAACAAGGAUGGUGUACAGGUGACGGAAAGCGGCAAGUUCCACAUCAGCCAUGAGGGUUACCUAGAGGUGAAGGACGUGGGAACUGCUGAUGCUGGACGCUAUGAGUGCGUUGCCCGCAAUCCCAUCGGCUACCAGGUUGCUAGCAUGGUGCUCACUGUCACAGUUCCUGCCAUCAGCAGAGAGGGGGACACCUUUGUGAGCACAUCCAUAGAGCAGGCCAUCCGUAAUGUGGACAGUGCUAUCGAGUCCACAAGGAGACGCCUUUUUGACGGUCAGCCUCGUACCCCAGCAGAGUUGCUAACUCUCUUCCGGUAUCCACGUGACCCAUACACAGUGGAGCAGGCGCGUGCUGGAGAGAUUUUUGAGCAAACUCUUCUGCUCAUCCAGGACCAUGUCAACCAGGGUCUCAUGGUCGACACCAAUGGCACAGCAUUUCGUUACAAUGAUCUGGUGUCCCCUCGCUUUCUGGAUAUGAUUGCCAACCUGUCCGGAUGCACAGCUCACCGCCACUUCAACAACUGCUCGGACAUUUGCUUCCAUCAGAAGUAUCGUAGUCACGAUGGCACCUGCAACAACCUGCAACACCCUAUGUGGGGCGCCUCACUCACUGCCUUUGAACGGCUCUUGAAGUCCGUCUAUGACAACGGGUUUAACCUGCCGAGAGGUGCCACUGACCGGCUGCAUAAUGGAUACAGGUUGCCACUGCCGAGGUUGGUGUCCACCACCAUGAUUGGAACAGAGACUAUCACUCCCGAUGACCGCUACACUCACUUACUGAUGCAGUGGGGUCAGUUCCUAGACCAUGACUUGGACGCAACAGUGGUUGCCCUCAGCCAGUCGCGGUUCUCUGAUGGCCAGCUGUGUACUAAUUUCUGCACCAAUGACCCCCCAUGUUUCCCUAUUCAGUUCCCACCCAAUGACCCACGGCAGCUGCAAAGUGGCACACGUUGCAUGUUCUUUGUCCGAUCCAGCCCAGUGUGUGGCAGUGGGAUGACAUCUCUGCUCAUGAACAGUGUAUAUCCAAGAGAGCAAAUCAACCAGAUAACCUCUUACAUCGAUGCCUCAAAUGUCUACGGCAGCUCGCGACAUGAAUCGGAGGAAGUCCGUGAUUUGGCCAGCCAAAGGGGUCUGCUCCGGCAAGGUAUUAUUCAGCGGACAGGAAAGCCACUUCUGCCAUUUGCCACUGGACCACCUACUGAGUGUAUGAGAGAUGAGAACGAAAGUCCAAUUCCAUGUUUCUUAGCUGGAGAUCACCGUGCCAAUGAGCAGCUUGGUUUGACUGCCAUGCACACAUUGUGGUUCAGAGAACACAAUCGCAUAGCCACUGAGCUACUGAGGCUGAAUCCCCACUGGGAUGGGGACACCAUUUAUCAUGAGGCCAGGAAGAUAGUGGGGGCCCAGAUGCAGCACAUCACCUAUAGUCACUGGUUGCCAAAGAUACUGGGAGAGGCAGGCAUGAAGAUGUUGGGGCCAUAUGCAGGUUACGACCCUAAUAUUAACGGCGGCAUUUUCAGUGCUUUCGCCACUGCUGCUUUCCGCUUUGGACACACUCUCAUCAACCCAAUACUCUACAGGUUAGAUGAGGACUUCCAGCCUAUUCCCCAGGGACACCUCUCUCUGCACCGUGCCUUCUUCUCCCCGUUCCGCAUAGUGAAUGAAGGUGGCAUUGACCCACUCCUUCGUGGGCUCUUUGGCGUCGCUGGUAAAAUGCGUGUUUCCACACAACUGCUGAAUACAGAGCUGACAGAGAGGUUGUUUUCCAUGGCGCACACGGUGGCCCUGGACCUGGCUGCUAUGAAUAUACAGAGAGGAAGGGAUCAUGGAAUACCGCCAUACAACGAUUACAGGACCUUUUGUAACCUGACCUCAGCUGAGACGUUUGAUGACUUGAACAACGAGAUUAAGAAUCCUAAUGUCAGAGAAAAAUUACAGAGGCUGUAUGGUACUCCUUUGAACAUUGACCUGUUCCCUGCCUUAAUGGUUGAAGACCUGGUCCCUGGCAGUCGACUAGGGCCCACCCUUAUGUGCCUGCUUGCAGUUCAGUUCAAACGUGUACGGGAUGGUGACAGAUUCUGGUAUGAAAACCCAGGCGUGUUCACUCCUGCCCAACUGACCCAGUUGAAGCAGGCCUCUCUGGCCCGGGUGCUGUGCGACAACGGGGACAACAUCACACGCAUCCAGCAGGAUGUCUUCAGGGUGGCCGAGCUGCCCCAUGGCUUCGGCAGCUGUGACGACAUCCCUCAGAUCGAUCUUCGCAUGUGGCAGGACUGCUGUGAAGACUGCAGGACAAAGGGUCAGUUCAAUGCCUUGUCAUACCACUUCAGGGGACGCAGAUCAGUUGAGCACAGCUACAAAGAGGAUAAACCUGCCAACAGCAUCCAGGAGGACAGCCUAGUGAAGCAAGCUGUUGAAAGCCAUGUAAAUCUUACUCUGACCUCCAAGAGAAGCACUGAACCAUCAGUCAGCAGCUUCCAAGACUUUGUCUCUGACGUGCAGAAGACGAUUACAAGUUUACAAAAGAAGAUUAAAAGACUUGAAGCCCGUCUGAGCAACACUGUCUGCACUGACAGUGAGGGACGUGAGCGAACAGAUGGAGAGCGGUGGAAAGAGGACUCCUGCACUGCAUGUGAAUGCAGAGAUGCCCAGGUGACCUUCUUUGUGGAAUUUUGUCCACCAGCUGAGUGCAAACACCCCAUCAAGCUAAAAGAUGCCUGCUGCCCCAUGUGCCUGGAACACACAGACGUUGAUAAGCAGCAAAAAGCAGACACCCACCACAACUAACCGUCAGGACUCCCCGACAAACUCACUCUAGUGCCUGAAAGUCGCACACUCGCAGACAUCCAGAGAGAGGACGAGACUCUCCAAGGCGUGCUCAUCUGCAGCACCAGUAACCUCGUAAACCCAGUUGCCUCAGUUUUUGUUUUGUUUCACUUUGUAUUCUUUUUCUUUGAUCAGGGGAGGGUUUGAUUUUAUUUUUUUAUUUUGGCUUCCUGCCUCCUGCAGGUCCAGCAGCCUGAGGCUCUAUUUGAAAUCCUCUGGCAACAAGCCAGCAAUCACUAAAUGGAUUUAUUUCCGAAUUGAUGGGUGGGUGAUUGGAUAGAUGAAUGGGCGGAUUGUAAACAAGACGGGCAAACCUCUCCUCCUGUCUUGGAGUCCACUGAGGCUGAAGCAAACAGCCACUGUUUGCUUUCCUGCUACUAACACUUGGUGACAAAACACAGGGCCAGCUGCCAUUAAGACGCAGGAAAGGGAAGUAGAUUGAAAGGCAGCAGCCAUUUGUCAUCUCACAAAAUGUUCUCAGGUUAGAGAUGCCAAAAACUGGUGCUAUUUCCCCCCUUCUUUUCUUAUUGAUUUAAUCACUAAAUACAGACCUUCAAAAUAUUUGUGCUUGUAUGCAAAGAAACCUAUAUACACCCAAUAUAUGCCUUUUAAUGAUAAAUCAUAUUGGAGAGGACCGUUUUAUUCAAACUAAAAGACUUUAUAUGAAUAGAGUUAUUCAUCUUGUAAUCCAUGAUGCUCCAUAUCAUGUUAUGCAUAUGCGUUUUCUUCCCUUUUGUAUCAAAAUGCUUACAUAUGAAGAUAAUGUGAAGCCCUAUGAAAAUGUUUGUAUUGCAAAAGAAAUGUCUACUGAUUACUGCUCCUCCGCCUAUGGACAACCUACUGGCCUGUCCUGAACUUGAGUGAAGUGGAGCCAUGUGGCACUUCACAGCAGGACACUCAUUGCAGCUCUUGCACUGUCGUGUCCCUUUCCAGGUUCCAUUUUGCUUUCAGAAAGCAGUGAAAUAAUAAUCUUUUUUUUAUCACUUUAAUGUCGUGGACCUUGUCCCAGUAUUUUGCUCAGUCUUCUAAAGCCAAGUGUAGUAACUUCUAAAAUUACAUAAAUAGCACAUGUAUCUACAAAACUAUGUAUGAAUGUUGUAAUGAGGUCAGGGCUCAGCCUUUGGUACUGCAAACUCUACCACCGCAGUAUUCUCCUUUAAACCUGCUCACAGUUGCUUCAUAUUCAUGUUUAGUCUUUAUUCCACAGACUACACACUUGAAGGACAGCUCCUCUAACUGUUCCCUGUUCUUCUCUGCCAUAUCUGACAUCCAGCUCUCCAGUUCCACUUUACAUGAGGACAUGCUUGCAUGCAGUCCUUUAUCAAGCAUCUACUUUUUCCCCACCUUUUCCCUCUAAGUUUUGCUCACAUGUUGAGUUUUUGAGUCUUCGCCUAGGACGACUUUCUUCAUGGUUGAUAUCGUUUAGGACUGUUUUCCCUGCUCAUGUUUCUUUGCCAUGUUAACGAUUUGGAGACUGGAGUGAUGUCAUUCAGCAGAGCAUGUGUGGUGCGCAGGCUUUUCUAGCUCUCUGACCUUCAUUCCGCUGUAAUGGAAGCCAUAUGGGAAGGAAAACAAGGGGAACAUUGGGGGAGGGGUGCUGAUUACUGGGACAUAGUGUCAGUCAGUGUCUUCACCAUGUUGCCAUACUGAGAAAGAGAUUUAUUUCACUGACUCCUGUCAGCUUCCUUCCACAUGUAGUGUACAUAGAUUAAUGCCACUCACUGCACCUCAUGCACUGGCUCACAUAUUCUUAACACAAGUCACAAUUUUCAUCUUCCUGUUUUGCUUUGCUGCUAUUUGUGUCAAAGCAGCUGCACUGUCCUUUCCGUUAUUUUCUUUAUGUGGUAACGUCCUGAGUGAGCAUCUGUCAGUAAACAGAAAUAAUACUCUGUGGAAUGUUCCACUGAGGAUUCCAGAUGGAUUAGGGAGAUGGCAGUCGAACUGGUAAAUUGGUGUCAUAUUGCAUGUUUAAAUAUACUGGACAGGGCGACACACUACGCUGUGUGUUCACAGAGGUGUCAUUUCUCUCCUUCACUGCAUUCUGACUGGUUUCUCCAGCACCAGUUCAUCAUGUGUGCAUUUUAUGGAAUUCACUACUUUGGUGUUUUCAUAAACUUUAUGAAUGCAUGUACAUCUCUUUCUCAGUAACAGGCUCAAUACACUUUGGCCUGAAGUUUGGAUGCCAGUGUACUGUGAUCGCUCUUCGUUACCACUCCUGAUAUUCAUAUAUCUGUUGUAUUAGUUCUUUUUUAUUUUCAUCGUGGUUCCUUCCCGUUUUAUUUUCCCUUUUAAAAAACUUCCAAGUGUCAAUGGAAUGCACUGCUCUGCAAGACUGAACAUGCUUUACCCACACUGUCGCUAAAUCAGUGGUCACUGUGGCUGUAGUAGUACCUAUAUGACAUUUGUAUUGUGCGGUUGCCAAAGAAUGGUUUGCACUGUAAUGUAUGCCUCUCAACAGUAAUAAUGAAAUA